GCUCAGUUGGCACGCAGUCGACGAGCGAGUCGUUUGGUAGCUAAACUUGUGCUGCGUUUCCCCCACCUCAAAGAGCGUUUACUUGUCGGAUUGUUUGGCUGUGUUAGUAUCUUGCGAGGAUCAUUUUUAUUCAUUUUAAGAAAACCUUUAUUUUCGUAGUAAUUAAACAGUUGCAUUACACGCGCUCAAGAAAUCUCAUAUUUAUAAAUAUAUAGAUAAAAAACUAUGAUAUUUCGGUGUAAUGUGUAAAUAUGUAAUUCGAAAAUUUUCUAAGUGCACUGUAACUUACAAUUAAUAGGCCAAGACUAUCUUCAAGGCUUUUGUGAACCAGUAAUAUUAACUAUAAAACAAACACACGGCUAAACCUUCUACCGUACCCGGCAUGGCUUCCGUUAACGGCAGCAAUCGUUUUCAAGUUCUCUGUUACGAGCAAGUGGCAAGGCUACAUGAAGUUAUGGAAGAUGUCAUCCCUAUUCAUGGUCGAGGUAAUUUUCCCACACUUGAUGUUAAGCUGAAAGAUCUCGUUCAGGCUGUUAAAGACAAACUAACAGCAGAAGGUGUUAGUGUUAGAUCAUUUCGCCUGAACGGAGGUGUCGCAAGCUACGUUCUUGGAACUACAAAUGCUCAAGAGUUCAAUGAUGUGGAUUUGAUUUUUGGUGUUGACUUAUCAAAUCAGAAUGAGCUUCAAAAGAUUCGUAACUGUGUUCUUGGAUGCCUUGUCAACUUUCUACCUGAAGGUAUCAAUAAAGACAAAAUUAGCAGCUGUAGUCUUAAGGAAGCCUACGUUCAGAAAAUGGUUAAAGUGUGCAAUGAACAUGGUGACAGGUGGAGUCUCAUCUCCCUGUCCCAUAACACUCGUAAAAAUAUUGAAUUAAAAUUUGUAGAUAAAAUGAAACGCCAGUUUGAAUUCAGUGUAGACUCUUUUCAAAUUAUUCUAGAUAGCCUAUUGACUUUUUAUGACAUAUCAGAAGCUCCAAUGACAGAGCAUUUCUACCCAACUAUUGUUGCUGAGAGUCUCUAUGGAGACUUUGCAGAAGCAUGGUACCACCUAGACAACAAACUCAUCGCCACUAGAAACCCUGAAGAAAUCAGGGGUGGUGGAUUGCUCAAAUACUGCAACCUUCUUGUGCGAGGAUACACACCUGCAAAUGAAAUAGACAUAAGAACAAUGGAAAGGUAUAUGUGUUCACGGUUUUUCAUAGAUUUCAGUGACAUUAACCAGCAGCGUCAGAAGCUGGAAGCCUAUCUAGUGAAUCAUUUCAAUGGGGAUGAGGAUAUGAAAUAUGAAUACCUCACAACAUUGUAUCGGGUUGUGGAUGAAAGCACCAUUUGCCUUAUGGGCCAUGAGCGACGACAAACCCUCAACCUAAUCCACCAGCUAGCUUACCAAGUGUACAUGGCCCAGGAGCGCAAGGCCCAGAUCAAAUGCGUAGAACUGCAUCAACUGGAUCAGCUAAACAAUCUUGUCAUUGAUCAGGUUUUCUACGGGCCCUUUGAUACCAACGGCAGUAGUAACCAGUACUACAACUAUCCAAUGCCUUCCUCUUCUUACCACCAAAUAAGCAUUUCUUCUUCGUGUCCUUAUUGCCCACCAUUCCUGCAUUGUUCAUAGUGCAACAAAAGACAAUACUGAAUUUUCAAGAGCUUACUCUAUACAAAUUGUGCAAGCCAUGCUCUUCUGAAGUCAUUAAAAUUUCAAACUGAAGAGGAAUUGUUCAAAUAUGUUGGAGGAGGCUCUUAAGUAAGUUGAGGUAUAUGGAUUAUUAUUGCAAACCAUUUCUGUGAACAUUUUGAAAAAUAUUACAUGCCAUGUUUAAAAAAAUAUAUAUAUAUUAUAAUUCUGCUGCUAACGGAUAUUUAUUACAGUUCAUAUUUCUGCUGAACAUUGAUAUCCUCAAACAAAAAAAAAAAAAUUCAGUGUCUUCUAACAUGUUGGUGAUUAUUAUUUUCUUGAUGUGUAAAUAUGCCAAGUUAAUAUCAAGUUUAUUGUAUUUUUGAUCAAAUCCAUACAUAUAUUGCUUUCUGGAAAUUGUCUUUUGCAAUACUUUGCCAGCUUUAGAUUGACUUUCUGUGAAUUAUUUGCAAUGAAAACGUAAAGUUUUACUUCCAUCCAGCCAGAGAUUUAUUUCUCAGCAUUUCGUUUAAGUAUGAGACUAAUUGGGAUUUUAUUUCUUCUGAUCAUCACAAUCUCACAUUCGCAGGGGUCUGGUACAUUUUUUUCGCAGUAUUUAAUUACUAAUUAUUUCAAACAAUUUGGAUUAUUAACAAUGUAAUGUCUGACUAGUUCAAAUAAUUUGCCUAGUAAGCAGCAAUGUCAUCAUUAUUUGAGUGAUGAAAGAUGUGAGCUUCUAACAUUCGGCGCUGUUGAUUACAUGAACAUGCUUUUAUAAAAUGUUUUUUCUGUGCUCAUCUUGGUAAACAAAAAUAUUAUUUAUACACUUUAUUUAAUAAGAGCCCUUUUUCAUUCACAUUAUAUGAAUUAGUGAAACUUUACAUUGAAUACUAUAGAAUAUUAUUAAAAGGUUACUUUUCUCAGAAACUGUCAUUUUUUUUAGAUUACUUAUUAAAUUAUUAAAUGUAAAAAAAAAAUGUCUCUAAACUAGCAUUCAUAGAUCUAACUUAUAAUAAUGCUUACAUUUGUUUUAUUGCACAUUGACAUAGAAUCUGUUACAUUUGGCUUUGAUAAUUAUCCAUAGUUGUUUUGUUUUUUUUAUGAUUUAUAUUAUCAAGUAUUAGGUUUGUGUCUCUUAAAUGGUUAAAUAAAAAUGAAAAGAUAUCAAUAUCAAAGUUAGGACUAUAUUAUAUUAAAACAUUUUACUAGAUUUAGAUAUUUAGCUUAAUUGUAAUUCUGGGAUUGAUAACUAAAAUGGAAUAAACAAUUUCAAUAGUGUUCAUGCAGACUUUUUUGAUCAAUAUUUAUUUCUAAUUUGAGAUACUUGUAUUUUAUGAUGUUAAGUGAUUUUUUUUCAUUAAAAAAUUACACAUUAUUUGGCCUUUGUUUCACUAAAAUGUAGGCUUAGCUACUUAAAAAAAAACAACCAUAAAACUAUUUUUUUAGAACAGUCAUUUUGUUGUUAUUGUUGGUAAAAUAAAUACUGCAAAAGUAUUGUUACAAAUAUUUUAUUUUUUUUGAUGUUCAAAUUGUCCAACUAUAUUAUUAUCUUUCAGUUGAUUAGGAUUGAAAUUCAAACUUCAGUAGCUAGUUCAUUAACAUGGUGUCUUGUUCUUGAAAAUACUUUCAUUCAUAGGUUUACCUUUUAAAUUGCAUAAUAAUAAAUACCAAAAAAAUUAAUAAUUUAGAGUGUAUAUGGUUAAUUUAAAAUCUUGUACUGAAAUUUAAUAGCUAUUUGACAGGCAUUGUAAAUUAUAAUUUAAAUAUUUUCAGAGAUCUUAAUUUAUUUUUACCAAUAUUACAUAUAUAAAGCUAAAUCACAAACAAUCAUAUAAUUCUAAAGAUUUUUACCAUGAACUUUCUUUUACAAUUCUUUUAGUAUUGGUCUCUGUGUAUAAAAAUCAUUACUCUUAAGAAUUUUUGUUUUUUAAUAAACAUUUUUUGUAUUUCGAAGAUUUUCUUAGUACUACCCGUUUAUCUAAGACCUGAUUAUUUUUUCAAAUGCUGUGUAAUAUUGAGAAUUUGCAAUAGAAAAUUCCAGACAAAUUUAAAAUUCCUGUUUCUCUAGUAAGAAAAAAAUCUUAGUUGACCUUGGCCAAAAUCACACACUUAAAGAAAAGUGGCCACUGCUGACAAGGUCAUGUUAACCCACUAGACAUUUCAUUGUGAUUGAUUUUAGGAGCAGAUUGUUGUUACUACUCCCACUGAUUCUCAAACUAGUUUCUGUGUGGAUGAUUAUGUUUCUCAGAAAAUCAAAGAUUUUUUUCUCCCUCAAAAACUUUUUAAAAAAUUUGUCUCAUAUUUUAGUGUGUUUUUUUUUUCUUCAUCCAUCACUUAUCAAAACCUUUUAGUUUUAUUUAUAUUUUAUACAUAUAACGGCCUACAUUCAAAUCGUCUUCCAUUCUACUUUAUUACAAAAUCAUUUUUGAGUUGGGCAAACUAGAAUAUAGUUAAAAAGGAAGUCUUUAUUGUAGCAAUUUAGAAAAACUACUUUGUAAAAAGAGAACUCAAUUGUUGUUUAAGAUGUAAUUGGUUUGGGUGAGAAACUGAGCUCAAUUCAUCUUGCGCCAUAGUCAAAUUGUGAUAUCACUGUACUGUGUCUCAUUCUGCUUCAUCUUGUUCUACACAAAGAUGUAUUUAAUGAUCAACUUUAAAAACAUCUUCAUUUGGGCAGUGGAGCUAAUGCUCCCAUGUUUAGCAGACUUCCAAAAUAAAUGCAAACUAUUUCAGCAGGUGUGAUCUAUCAUUUCAGCCCACUAGUAGAGUAAGGAUUUUAAAAAAAAUAAUUAAAUAAAUCAUUGUCAUGUAACCCAAAUAAUUAAGUCUUUAAUAUCUGAGAAUUAUUAUUUGAAACAUAUUUUUUUUCAUUUUAUUGAAUCAUUUUGUUGAUAUUUCAAUAAAUAUUGUCAAAUAGGGGAAAAAAUGUGUGUAUAUAUAUAUUAGCAAAUUAGGUACUUUACCAAAAACAUUUCUUCUAGAAUUGUUUUGUUGAAUCAUUUACUUACAUAAAAAAGGAAAAAAAAUGUGAUAUAUUGUUUAUUUUACACCAUAGGACUUUAUUGCCAUUGAAAUGUACCCUAAGGUUUAACUAGAACUUUGGGUAGAAACUUGUGAAUGCUAACCACCAAAUUAAAUUCUCUGCAAUUUGACAGUCUUCUUGCAUACAUUAUGUUUGUUUAUUUCUUUACUGCUAUAUAUUUAAAUUUAACAAAUUUUUUUUUUUUUUUUUGUUCAAUUUAAAACAAAAAAUUAAGAUUUUUUUUUCCUUUUGGAUUUCUCUGCAGAAUAUUUUUUUUUCCAUGUUCAAAUAGUUGUGAAAUGGUUGAAAAAUUAUUUUUUUUUAACUAGUCAUUUUCCAGAUAUUUUUCAUUUUGUUUUGACUUUGUUGAUUUACACUUGUUUUUGAUAGGGAACUAGUCCUUAAUGAAAUGUCUUGGGCUCAACAGCACCUCCAAAGAAAAUAGUUGGGCAUCUUCUAUUCUGUUAAUGCAUGAUAUACAUUUCAUGUUGGAGUCAAAGUGAGCCUGUUUCAAAUCAUGUAUACUUUUAAUCAGUAAAACAAAAAAACUUGAACUGUUGAUGACAUUGACAAAGGCUGAUUCUCUGCCCAUUCCGUGUGGCUCCUAUGUGAAGUCCCACAGCAUCUGUUAAAACCAAGUUCUUUCUCAUCGGUAAUUGUACAAGUGCUCUCAUAUAUAUUUUGUUUUGGCUACAUUUUGUUUUCCCCUUUCUGUUCAAAGCUCCCUCUCAAUGUUGGUCUACAAGAGAUGUUCAUUCAUAUAACCUAUACUUAUAUUUACAUACAUAGUAUAUUAUAUCUCUCUAUUUUUGAACCCCUUAUUGUUGUGGACAGUUGGGUGUAUACCUCGUCUGUGUGUUUCCACUCUGUGAUUACUAUCUAUAUAUAUAUACAUCUUACUGAACAAUAUAUAUUUCUGAAACAAGGUCACUAAGUGUUGUUUGAAGCAGCUUGUUGCUGUAUGGACAGGGGGGAGGGGGCCCUAUUUUCUUCCCCUUUUUUAAUAUAUUCUUCUCCUAACCCACCCCUUAUCUUGGUCUUGGUUGGUAUUUAACUCAUUGGUGUAGUAUUGUGUCAUUGUGAUAUUUAUUGGUGAGUUGCCUUUUCUUUUUAAAUCUUUUCUUCUAUUGACUAAUGCAUUAUCUUUGGAAUGGAUUCUAGACAGAUUGUACAUACAAGGUCAUCCACAUGAUACUUUUUUUCUAUUGUUAGUUGUAUUGAACAAUUUUGUUUACUAUACUGUUGAUGUUUUCUUCACUAUGAGUAACUUCAGUUCUUUUUUUUUUUUGUGCAAACUCAAAAUGAUAUAUGCAGAAGUAGCUGUUGUUGUAUGCUCAAGAUUAUUGGUGACAAAAAAAAAUUGUCUAAUUUCUAUUUCUUUUUUUUUUAUUCAAACAAUGAAGUUAUGAAAACUGAUAACUCCAGUUAGUCAGUGGUGCUAAGCUCAAUAACUUCUGGUAUUUAGCACUAUCUCUACAUUAAGAAAAUAUAACAGGUGAUUCAUUCAACAGACAGUUCUGAAAGACAAACUGGACUUACUCAACAGAUGGUUUAAAAGGGAGACACAUUAGACUCAUUAGUUUUCAUUAGCUCAGCUACACUGGAAGUUAUACUAAACCUACAAAAGAUGUUUCAAGUAUUUCUAACAGACAAUUGAUGAAUGUUAAAAUAGGGUGCUUGAAUUACCACUGAUUGUUUGAAUAGUUGCUAGGAGCACAAAACUUGAAACAUUGACACCAAAGUAAUGUUUUGAAGAAAAAAAAAUUUAGAAAUGAAUACUAAAGCACUGUUUUAAUGUUAAAUAGUCGUUUUGUUUUUGUGUGUGUAUAUAUAAAUAUAUGAACAAGAGAAUGUUCUAAAAAAAAUAAUAAAUAUAUGUUAUAGAUAAUAAAAAUAUAUUUUAUCUUUUUAUGCAUGUACAUAUGAUACUAUAAAAUUGUGCAUCACUAUUGUGCUGUUUUGUUUUUUUUCCCCAGCUCUGUGGAGUAUGACAUACCCUCCUUUAGUUUCAAAUGACCUUCUGCUCAGUGACUUAUACCAUUCAAGUCUGUUGUACAUUCUUUCUCUAUUCUAUUCCUAGAGGCAUACCAUAGCAGAUGGUAGUUUUUAACUCACAUUGAUUUGUUCACUAUAAUGAAUCUGAUAAGUAGACAUGUGUGUACAUUUGAUAGCUUGCUUUGGUUAGUGCUCAAGUCUUUGUCCAGUCUCUCCACAACAGUUUGCUCCAUGGACAUGUCUUUUGAUUUUGUUUUCUUCUUGUAGUUGUGUUGGGCUAGAGAAUGAUUUAGUUGCCUAUUUCAACUUGUAAAGAUGUUAUACCUUUUUGGGUGGCCUUUCCUAAGUUACAAGGUCCCCUAUUUUGUCCAUUAAGUUUUUAAAAGUCUUUUUUUUUCUUCCUUAGAUUAUUUUAAUUUUGAGCUUGUAGUCCUUUCUUUGUAUUGGUUUAUAGUGUGUGUGUGUGGUUCUAUUUGUAGACACAAGUUUCAAGUCUCUAUCAUUGUAAUGUUAUGACCAUGUCAUUUCUUAACUCUUCAUUCUAGACAUGUCUCCAGUGUGGUGUCUCAUACAUUUUAAGUGAUAUCUUUGUUUUGUUUUUUUUCAUUUUAGAAAACCAUCCAGUAAGGAUACCAAAAAAAAAUGUUUUAAAAAAUCAAUAAAAGUAUAAUGUAAAAAAAAAUAUUAUAAAAAUAAUAAAAUCUAAAAUAAAUAUC